UUAGGGUGGGCGGGAACAAGAACAACAACAAGGAAGCGAAACUGUUACUGAUAGAAAGAUGUUUAGUAGUUGAAUACCGUUAACUUUUCCACAGUUAUAACCUCUGAGCGGUAAGAAAAUACCGCCUGUUGGACCAACAACACCCGACACGGAACCGAAAAUGGAGACCGUACGAAAACGUCGAGGCAACGAUUUAGACACCGAUAGCACUCCUGGUGUUCUGAAGGAAAAUGAGCCACAGAAGAAACAGCAGCGCUUCCACUCCGACCUGUGGCUCUUUCUGACUCUGCAGAACUGGAUUUUAGACUUUGGAAGGCCGAUCGCCAUGAUCAUCCUUCCUCUGGAGUGGUUUCCCCUGAACAAGCCCAGCGCUGGAGACUAUUUCCACAUGGCCUAUAACGUCAUAACUCCAUUCCUCAUGCUCAAACUCAUCGAACGAAGUCCCAGGACGCUGUCUCGCACCGCCGUCUACCUCUGCAUCAUCACUUUUGUCAUGGGAGCCAGCAUCCACCUGGUGGGAGACUCCAUCAACCACCGGCUCAUCCUGAGUGGCUACCAGCUGCACCUGUCAGUCAGAGAGAACCCCAUCAUCAAAGACCUGAAGCCUGCUUCACUGAUCGACUCCUUUGAGCUGCUGUAUUAUUACGACGAACAGCUAGGACACCUGAUGUGGUACGUUCCUUUCUUCAUCGUUCUGUUCAUCUACUUCAGCGGCUGCUUCUCCAGCGCUGAAGAACAAAAGAAGAUGCCCGUCUCUGGUUGGCUGUUGCUGGGACCCAGCGCUCUCUACUAUUGGUACUUGGUCACUGAAGGACAAAUCACUGAACUUUUUCUCCUCACCUUCCUGGCUAUGGUUGCCAUGGUGAUGCAUCAGCGGCGUAAAGGCCUCAGCCCCGACGGUAACGGCCUGUUCCUGCUCUACAGCUUCAGCGUCACCGUGCUGCUGGUGGCUCUGUGGGUGGCCUGUCUGUGGAGCGACCCGGUGCUGCGGAACAAGUACCCCGGACUCAUUUAUGUACCGGAGCCCUGGUCCUACUACACGCUGCACAUCAAGGAGACCCACUGAUCGAGCCGCCAAGGUCCUCUGAGUUUUUAAAGGACACAAACCACUCAUGUCUGCAUGAACUGAUCCAGUGUGACUGAGACGGUGGCGGCUCUCUGACAGCAGCAGCGAUCGAUGAAAGUCGUUAGUGAGCACAAACUAACAGAAGACUUUGUUGAUACGGUUUUGUUUACAGAUGUUAAGUUCAAGGAGUUUUAUUGAUGACCUAUAACCAAUCAAAUCACUCUAGAAGACAGAGCGACCACAGCUAGAUAAAGGUUCAGAGCCAAAGUAGCAACAUUUUUAUUUAUGUUGAUUUAUUACCAUAAAUCAGUAAGAAAUAAAAUACUGAUAAUCACUAAAUCAGUCCGCCCACAAUUACUACAAUUCUACAAUUAUGUCUCUUUGCUUUGACUUGUUAUUUGUACAAUAUACGAUGUAUAUGAUGGUGUUUUUUCAUACCAAAGGCUAUACUAUGAUGUUUUCUCAGAGACAUACCAUGUUACUCCGUUUGUUCUGGCUCUGGGCUGCUGCUCUCCUCCUCUGUUGUUUUCUGGAUUGUUCUCAUCUUCAUGCCUUCGUCCACCCGGCCUCCGUUGACUCGUCCCGCCUGCCGUCUCUGGAGCUGAAGCUGGAUUGGAUCAGACCAAAGUACCGUCCAAUCACAAUGCCAGCUGCCUCUCAAAAGGCUCCUUCAUCUGGCAGCACUUCUUCUGAGGGGAAGCUGAGCUUCAGCAGAACUUUGGAGAUGUGUUCCAGUGGUUGGUGGAUGUGUGGGGAGAUAGAGAGGGACCUUUGAACUGUUCAGAAAGGAAAGCAGGAACCCACUGGUAGUUUUAGUUUAGGGUGCUACUGUGGAGUGUUUUUGGGUUUUAAGAGGUGAACAGGAAGCAUUUUUUUUUCAUAUUGAUGAUUUUUUACUUUGUUCCUGGUUGGAAUGCCCAUCAAUGUCAACGUGAAGUUCACUUUUAGUUCCGUUGAUUUACUUUUAACCCCCUCACAUGUUGUGUUGUUGUAAACUUACUCUUUCAAAUAAAUACUUGUCUAACUAUAAUAA